AGCCACCGAAUCUUUUGGUACGGACGGAAAAUAAAUAGAUUGGAGGGAACGGAAAAGAGGGAACUGCCGCACUGUGUGGGAACUGGGACAAAGAAACCCUAAUCGCCAUGGACAGGAUCAGCAACCUGCCGGAUUGCAUACUGUUACACAUCCUCUCCUUCCUCCCGACAAAAACCGCCUUCUUCACCGCCGUCCUCUCUCGCCGAUGGACCCACCUCUGCCAUGACCUCCAACACUUCGACUUCAACCAAAUUCAAUUUCAUAACCGCAACCAAACCUGGUCAGACUUCAGUUCACGGAAGCGAUUGUUCGCCACCGUUAAUUGGAUUCUCUCCCGCCACAAAGCGCCGCCAAUUCGAACCUUUCGUCUCACCUGCAACGUAGAUCAAUUCGAUCAAAGCACUGUGGAGUGGUUCAUUAGAAAGGUUUUUGGGCCAAACCUCGAGGAAUUGAACCUCCAACUCUCCCUCGUCGAUCGCUCCUAUCACAGAGUCUUUAUUCCCAACGGCGUUCUCAGUUGCACUUCCCUCGUGACUCUCCGUUUAAACGGAGGCAUAACAAUCCCUUCGCCGCUUUCAUCGUCGUGCCCUUAUCACUUGCCAUCACUCAAGACACUGCAAUUGUAUAAUGUCGUAACCUCUGUUGGUAACUUGGAGGAGAUUCUCUCUCACUGCACUGCUCUUGAGACUCUUAUUCUUGACUCAAUCGUUCUAUCACGCGAGGGCCAAGGCCAAUUGAGAAUUUGUUUUCCUUCUUUGAAGAGUUUGCACUCCAAAUCUUGUUUUUGGGAACCUCUUAGAUUGUUUGUUAUAGACACACCAUCUCUUAAACGUCUUGAUAUCCAAGUUGAGUCGGGGUUUCGCGAGAUCCGUGUUCGCAACUUGCACAACGUGGAGGAAGCCAGCAUCAACCUUCCUUGGCAAUUCCCUGUGCUGAAGUUUCUUGUGAAGCUUUGCAGGAUAAGGAUUUUGGUGCUGCGUUUAUUAGUGUUUGAUUGUUUACCUGAUGCUCCUCCGCACCUUAUUCCGGAAUUUACCUGUUUACAGAGGCUAGAGCUUACUGUUAGGUGUUUCGACACCAGAUACAUCAUGGAUAUGCUUCAGAAAUGUCCCAUGCUUAAACUUCUUGCUGUUGUUUUUAACGCUAGCCCUUAUGAUAAGGAUCCACUUCUGUCACGAAAAUGGGAACACCCAGUCAAGGUUCCUACUUGUCUUGCAUCACAUCUGCAACUGAUUAAAAUCAAGAGAUAUUUUGAAUCCAGAGAUGAUAGAGAUUUUUUCGCCUAUGUUCUUCAACAUGGACUUGUUUUGGAGUCACUUGAUAUUCAGGUGGAUCGUGCGAGAGCUAAAGGAUUUCCAGAAGAAUUAUUCCUUUUCCCAAGGAGUUCUAAGGCGUGCCAAAUUAACUUUUGCUGGAAUCAGGAGGAGGAGGAGAAGAAGAAGAAGGCGCCACGAUGAGAACGACAUCAAUAACAAUGUAUUAGAAUAAGAGAACGAUGAAUAGAGAAUGGAGAAGGUGAAGAAGUAGACCAAGAAGUAGACAAGAAGG